AUGGCAAAAUCAGCUCUCUCAUUCGCGACGCCCUUACCGCAGUCCUCCCGCUCUGAGGUUCUCGAGUGGCACUUCCCCAAGCCGUACCAGUACACAUUGAUCGGCAAGUCCCGGGCAGCAUGGCACACGAGCUUCGUCAUUCCGCAACUCAACCUCCUGCUGGACGCAGGCCUCGUCGUCAACGAUCUUAGACCAAAACACAUCGUCCUGACACAUACACAUAGCGACCACUGCCUCCUCGCACCAGCCUUCACAAAACGCGAAGACCCCCCAGACAUCAUCCUCCCCGCCGAGUGCAGGAAACUCUUCGACGACUACGUCCUCGCCAAAACGCUCCUCAACCGCGGGGGCACCUACACCGGCGCCGACGCCGAGUCCCUCGGCCUCAAGGUCGACGGCCAAGGCAUCGACGCCGACGGCAGGACAGAAGGCGAGCGCGCCUUCCUCGGCACGCACAACACCAUCCCCGUCAAGCCGGGGGACACCCUGCCCCUGCGCAAGGUCAAGAACAUGACCGUCUCCGUCUUCAAGUGCGACCACAACGUGCCGAGCGUCGGCUACCUCUUCUCCACGACGAACCACAAGCUCAAGCCCGAGUACACUUCCCUGCCGGGCCCUGAGAUCAAGAAGCUGCGGCAGUCGGGCGUGGAGAUCACGGCGCCGGUGACGACGCCGGUGUUUGCGUUUUUGGGGGAUGGGACGGCGACGACGUUGGCUGCGGAGCCGGAGUGGCUGCGGCAGGAGGUUGCGGUGGUGAUUACGGAGUGUAGCUUUCUGUAUGAUAAGCAUGAUGCGCAGGCGGAGAAGACGAAGCAUACGAAGUGGAAGGAUUUGGAGAAGGUGGUAAGGAAGUGGCCGAAGACGACAUUUAUACUGAUUCAUUUCAGUAUGAGGUAUAGUAAUAAGGAUAUUGUGGAGUUCUUUAAUGGGUUGGAGGAUCCGCCGGCGAAUAUUGUUGUUUGGGCCGAUGGAGAACCGGAGUAG